AUGUUUGUUCAUUUUCCUGAGUGGAUAUCUCAUGGAGAGGGCGAGAGAGAGCAAAGAAAGAUCCCAAUGUUUAGUAUCUCUUUCAACUGCACGGGAACUGACCUCGCGACUGGCGGCCUUGAUUCUUCAAUUAGAAUAUGGCCCAUCACAAAGCCCUUUUCUACGAGCAAAGAGACUACACGAUUAGAGGGCCAUUCUGGAAGCGUCUUGUGUGUUAGGUGGAGUCCAAUUGACCCCAACCUUUUGGCCUCUUCAUCUGAUGAUUCUGCCGUCAUUAUUUGGGGAAAGCGACCUAACAGUUCUACAUUUGGCCUCUUACAUCGGCUUCUGGACCAUUCUCAAGACUCCCUCUUUUUAGAUGUAACUGGGUUGGCCUGGAACGCCUCUGGAACCAUCUUGGCUUCUUGCGGUGUCGAUAAUUUGGUUAUUCUCUAUGACGCAACGAAUAAAUUCGCCCUAUUAACUAAGCUCUCAGAACAUGAAGGUAUUAUUAAAGGCCUUGCAUGGGAUCCCACUGGACGCCUCUUGGCAGCACAUGGCUCUGGCGUCAUCCUCUGGCGUUCCUCAGAUUGGACCAUCGAAACAAAGAUCACCUGUGAAUCUUUCAGCAAAGCGCCAGACAACGUUUACUAUCAGAGACUGUCGUGGUCGCCAGAUGGAUCGACUAUAGCCACGGCAAAUGGCGUGCUAACGGCAGCCAAAACCCCUUCAAUUCUUCCCGUUUCUGUUUUUAUCACCAAGGUGAAUGAAAAUUCAUGGAUCCAUAAAAAUUCAAGCACACUUUCAUGGAAGCCAUCCAUGGCUCUGAAGGGAUUUGUAGAGCCGGUCGAAGUUGUGCAAUUUUGCCCUGUGAUGUUCAAAUCUCCGAAUGUGUCAUUUUCUGAAUCCAAGGUACUAUCUUAUUGUGCUGUAGGCAGUCAGGAUCAUAGCAUUUCUGUUUGGAGAACCUCUUUUUCGCAGCCCGUCCUUGUCAUCCAGGCUCUUUUCAAACACUCGGUGAUGGAUUUAUCUUGGUCGUGCGAUGGAACAAAAAUUGCAUGUUGUUCCUAUGAUGGAACUGUAAGGAUUUUGGAGUGGGAAGAUGGAGAACUUGGUAUUCCGCAAGAUAGUAGGGUUGGUUUUUCUAAACGUACCCUAGGGAUCCUCACUGAAGUUUCUUAUGCGCCUCCAUUUAAUUUAUCUAAAACACUAGCCGCUGGUGCUGGAUUUUCCGUACAAAAGAACAUAAAGCCUAUUAUAUUAAAGACCAACAAUUUGCAUACGGACUCACUAUCAAAAAGAAGGCGAAUACAACCAACGCUGAUUGAAUCCUAUGAUGAUAUUGAAAGCAAAAACACGCAGGAACAAAAUCUCGAUCACACUAUUUGUUCUACAGGCUCAAGGGAACAAAAAAAGAAUCUCCCCCUGCCCUCUUUGCGGCCGUUUUUAAAUUGCGGUCCUAACUAUUUUAUUGACCAGAAAACCCCAUCAAUAGUUAAAUUAAUCGGCCCCGAUGGAUUCUCGCUUUCUUUGCCUGAAAACGUCUCUUUUGCUCUAAAAGUGGCCUCUUACUUUUUCAUUUCCUCUUUUGAUCAUCCCCGUUUACAUAUCUACGAUGAAAAUGGUGUACAGUAA